CUCGUUCAUCUCCGGCUCCUCAUUUUCUCCGCAGUUUCGUCGGGAUCAAACCCGCAGCGGGACGACGCACAAUGCGCCUUUUUCUUCAGUUUUAGCGCCGCGCGGACGUGGCCCUGUGCGUCUGCGUGGACAAUAACACGAGACACACGAGCCACAGCAGCACCACCAGGACCUCCACCACCUCCACACACCACCGGGACCUCCACCUCCGGGACCUCCACCUCCGGGACCUCCACCUCCGGGACCUCCACCUCCGGGACCUCCACCACCGGGACCUCCACCUCCGGGACCUCCACCUCCGGGACCUCCACCACCGGGACCUCCACCUCCGGGACCUCCACCUCCGGGACCUCCACCUCCGGGACCUCCACCUCCGGGACCUCCACCUCCGGGACCACCGGCGGCAGCUCGGACGCCUGCGCCCCGCGGGGAGGAGCUCUUUCCCGGGACACGCGCUCUGGUCCCGCGGCUGCAGAUGGCUGGACACGAGUGGGAGGACUGGUUUGAACGAGAGGAGUUAAUUGGUCAAAUCAGUGACAUCCGCGUGCAGAACCUCCAAGUGGAGAGAGAAAGCGUUCAGAAAAGGACAUUUACCAGAUGGAUGAACCUGCAUCUGGAGAAGUGUAAUCCUCCCAUCGAAGUCCAGGAUCUGUUCCGGGACAUUCAGGAUGGACAUGUCCUCCUGGCUCUGCUGGAGGAGCUGUCAGGCUGCAAACUGCUGCACGGAUUCAAAAAGUCCUCCCAUCGCAUUUUCCGACUCAACAACAUCGCCAAGGUCCUGUCGUUUCUGGAAGAGAGAAAUGUAAAGCUGGUGAGCAUCGACGCUGCCGACGUUGCCGACGGAAACUCGUCCAUCAUCCUGGGCCUAAUCUGGAACAUCAUCCUCUUCUUCCAAAUUAAGGAGCUGACUGGAAACAUCCGGAGCCAGUUCCCGUCGUGUUCCAGUCUGUCGUCUCUUCCCAACAGCUCGGACUCGGACACGUCCUCCAGCACGCCGUCCGAGGAGAGGCAGACGCCCGCGAACCCUCUGCGCGAGCACAGCAGAGCCAUCAAGAAACUGCUGCAGUGGGUCCAGAGGCGAACGCGCAAGUAUGGAGUGGCUGUACAAGACUUUGGGAAGAGCUGGACGAGCGGAUUGGCGUUCCUGGCUGUGAUUAAGUCCAUCGACUCCAGCCUGGUGGACAUGAGGAAGGCCCUGCUCCGGACGCCCAGGGAGAACCUCGAGGACGCUUUCCGGAUAGCGCACUACAGCCUGGGCAUCCCGAGACUCCUGGAGCCCGAGGAUGUGACUUUGAACGCACCAGACGAGCAGUCCAUUAUCAUGUACGUGUCUCAGUUCCUGGAGCACUUCCCCGGCAUCGAGGAGCCCGAGGAGCCUCUCCAAGUGAUCGAGCGCAGCGUCUCAAUGGGAAGACUGAACUUCCGGGAAACUGAUGCGGAACAUUUCAGGAACAGCCACAGAGGAGGGAGAGUACGGGAAAGGUCGUACAUGUUUCAAAGGGACAGCGCCGCGCCUCCACCUAAAAUUCUGAUAUCGUCUGUUUCCGAAGACAGGGGCAUCGUGUCGCCGCCGUUCCGACAAACUGCUACGCGAUCGUGGUCCACCGAAGGAAUCUUAUCCGACUCCUCGCGCACUGACGACAAAACCGAAGACAAAACUGAAGACAAAACCGAAGACAACUCGAGCGACGUCGUGGAAGAACCCCAAAAAGACACGACUGAAGAACUAAGCAACUCGGAAUUGCAGUGUUCCGAACUACGCGAUAGCAAUUCCCCAACAGAUUCCGCCCUGCCCGAAUCGGUGAUAGGCGAUUCCACCGUGAGUUCGCCAGACUCCUGGAUGGAAAGCGAGUAUAACGUAACGCCGGAGAAGUUUUCCGAAAGUCGUAGUGACAGUUCGUUGUACGACAGCGGAACGACGUGGGAUAUUUACCGCGCGACGCCGGUGGAGAUCACGAAUAGCGAUGAAGGAUUGGCGCCCAGCGAAGAUCGGCUUUCGGAAGAGCAGCCCGAAUUGUGCAUCGACGAGGGGAUUUGUUCGUUGAGUUCGCUGGAGAGUGCGCAGGAAGAGGUGAAGCGAAAAGAAGAAGGGAAAGAAACGGGAAAUGAGAACCAGGAAGUUGAACCGGAACAGCAGCGAUGUCAGGAAGAAGUUGCUCAGAUUGAUGGAAAUGUUGGGGUUUUCGUAGAGGCUGAAAAGUCAAGUUCAGGGGAUUCAAGGGAUUCGAAUGUACCUGACAGUAAAAAAGAAGUUACCGAUUCAACAAAACAUCCGGAUAAAGAGGAACAGGCUAAAGAAAGUGCAAAAGAACAAGAUAAAACGGACGUCAGAGUAACAGAUUUUGAUGUUGAUGGAAACCAGUCAAAUGAAAAUGAAAUUACCGACUCAAAAAAAGUCCAAAAAGAAAGCCCCAAGUUAGAUUUGGAGGGUGGAGAAGCGGUUAAGCGAGAUGACGCAAGUGUUGAAAGUGCGGAAAUACGAAAUAAAGAUCAUUUUGGACAAGAGGAAAGUGAUUUAAAACGUCACAAAGAAGGUGAUAACGCACCAACCACCGGCGACGGAUCUACCCCAAAUUCGCGACCUGCUGCGGACAUGACGAUUCCACUUAUAUCGAUUUCAAGUGAACCCGAUGACCAGUGUUUGUCAGGGUCAGAUUUGGAGGAAAAUUACGGUAGCGACGAGUUCGGUCAAGCAAAAGUUUCAGAAAGUAAAGAGGUCGAAGACGAAAACGAUGGCGUGAUUGCGUCUUGUUUCAUCACAGAGAAUAUCGACUUGAUCGCUUCAGAGGAGACGUCGGAUUAUAAAAACGGACAUUUCGAUGAGGAAUUUGAGGUUGUUGAGGCCUCAAAAGACGGGGACGAAUAUGUGGAAAUUAUUGAAGAUGUACAAGAAGAAAUAGUUUCGCAAAAUGUUUUGAAAAAUCACUUGGUUUGUUCGAAUUUACAAUCGGGGCUGGAGUCAGACGAGACGGAACAGGUGAUGUUCAGCGAUCAACGAGAAGGACUUUGCACGACUGUUUCUGCAACCGAAGCGCCCAACACACAAGAAACGUCAACGGAUACAGUUAAGUCCAACGGCAAUGCUGUUCCGAUAGCUAAUGACUCUGCCAACGCACCUGAAGCUCAUUUAUAUAAAGACUAUAAAGAGGAGCUGGUAGAUCUGGAGCCUAUGGACUUGUUCUAUCCCGAUAAAGACGUUCCGCCGUACGUAGAACCGGCGGAGGACGUCCAGAGCUGGCCUUCGGUCCUGAGCGUGUCGCCCCUGCAGCCCGCUCCAGCCUCUCUGGACCUAUCAGACGAGCCGACGCUCACCCGGCCUGAAGAAGACUGGAGCGGAGAGGAGGUGAAGAGCGGAGUGAGACAGACCCAGGACCGAGCUCCGGACACGACCUUUGCCCUUCGGGACUGGUUUGGCGACGUCUCUGCUAAACCUGUGUCUAAUGAAGAAGACGUCAUCGAUCUGAGAGCGGCGGCGGCGGCUUCGGCCCAGGACGCCACAGACCCCACGAGAAGUUGCAUUAAUAGCGGCGGCUCGGGUCCAGAUGGAAACCAGAUCGCUCCAGUUCUGCGGCAGAGAAAAGGCCCACGCUCGUCUCAGCACGCGGACAAUCAGAGCAGCGUGACAUCGGACGCCAGCGAGGACCACGUCUCCGAUUAUGGGCUCGGGGACAGCUGGGAGCCGUACGUGCUGCUGCUGCUGUGGCUGCUGCUCUAUUGCUUCUGGGUUUUGCCGCAGUUGGACCUGAAAACAGUGCCCAGUCUGUUCUUCAACGUCAGACAAUAAGAAACGCAUCGCCAAAACUGCAAUAAACACGUCUACAUGAGGUUCAUUUACUCGGAUUCUGAGUUUUUAAAGCAGAAAUAGAUGCAGGACCCUCGUUAAAGCCGGAGAGACGAGACGUGAACGACCGAUUUCACUUUCAUAAAUAAAACAAACACGGAUCAGCGUUAAAUGUGCGGCGUUUCCUCGUCGAGUUCUGUCGAUUCAAGCGUCGGAGCGAACCGUGAAAACAAUUAUCACCACCGUUCAAUACGAUUUAGCAUGAAAUAAAACUAAAGCUCAGUGUUUUUUUCGCGGCAGAUCGUUUCGCUUUGAAUUAAAAAGGCAAAUUUAAAGAUAAUCCUGCAGAAAUGUCACGUGUUGUGUCUAAAUCAAAGUGUAAAUUGAUUUGACGUCAUUUGUAAUUAAUUAAAAUAUCCUGUAAUUGACAUAUUUAGCUGCCAAUUGUUUAAAAAAAAAGUCUAAACUCUUCAAAAAUGAUACAAAUCCAGAUGAAUAUUGUUCGUUGAAGUAUUUUACCUCAUGUAGAUGUUUCUUUUUGCAGCACACACGACAUUACUGCAGCACAUUUUACAUUUUACUCACAGCCGAACUGCCAGACUCUCGCUCUCGUCGCUUCCUCUGCACCAAGUGAAGGUUUUUAUUUAACAUUUAUAUUUCAGCGUUUUAGAUUUGGCUCAUUUUAACGUAAACUGUGGCUUAAACGGGUCGAUUUGAUAAAGUGAUAAAGAGGGUCACUGCUGGAAUAUUCAAAUCUACACUGUGCAACUCGCAUCGUCAAGGGGUUAAUUCAUCAAAUUUGAGUCAUUUUCUAAUUCCUGUUCUGAAUUUGAGCAGAUUUUACAUCAGAAAGGCCAGUUAAUAGAAUAAACUCUGCCAUUUUCACACAGUAAUUUCAGAAAACGACGCAUAAAUGUGUGUAGUAUGUCGUAGUAACUCGAUAUUGUAGAGUAAAAGUGGUUCGUUUUACUCGUCCGCCAUCUCCAGACACAGUAAACACAUAAGAUUCAGGACUUAUUUUAACUCAGAUGCCAUUCCGGACGCUAAUAUUUGCAUUUUUUAAAAGUCCACUGGCUUAAAACUGUUCUCCUGACUAAACUCAAACAUUUUUAACACACGUAUAAUCGCAGUUUUUUAUUCCUCUAACUGUAAUAUUAGUUUUAGGGCAUCACAUACUUUACCUUUGACAGUGCGUAUUACAUUAUUCAGUUACAGACGCCAUUUUGAGGACUUGUUUCGCACUGCUGCUAUGGCGACCGUCCUUAUUUCUCGUCACUCUUAACCCACAGAUGAAUCCGAGCAGUGUCCCUCGUUUUCAUUUCACAGAUUUCGCUCUUAUUUAUCGAUAUAAUACAUGACGUGUGUUUUAUUGCUGUAAAAAGCUGAUGAAAUAUUAUAAUAAUCGACAAAACGCAGAUGUACAGGCCGCACUAACUUGUAGAUAUAGAUGUAAACUGGAUUAUGAAUGCACCGUUGCCUCUUUCGACAAGCCAUUUUACCCAGAGAGAUGUUGUAUUUUCAAAGCGCUACGGGUGGAAAUGCGAGUAGUUAUUAGAGUUAUAUAAUUGUGAGAAUGUUGCUUUAGAUCUGUUUAAAUGAAGGUUAAGAAAUUGCACUUUUAAAAUGUAUCGGUGAAUAAACUGCCAAAGACGGAAGCGCUGUAACUGCAGAAUGAACUCGCCGCGACUAACAUAGAAAUACAUGCUGUUCAACUCUCCGUUAUGUAAAAUAUUAAAGUCUAUUUGUAAUAUUUUGUCUGAUACGGUAUAUGAAUGGAUUUUUGUAUAAAGGUUUUAUGAAAAAAAUCUAUAAAAUGUUGCUUAAGCUUGCUCCACGCCUGCCUGUAAUAAGAGAAUGCAUUACAGCGUUAUUAUAUUUCUAUGUUUUAUUUUUGGCAAAGUCUUAAAAAAAAACACUAGGACUGACGGACACGACGACAAAGUGCAAAGGUUUUACGCAGGUUUGAGAAAAGCUAUAACCGUUUUUUAUUAUUUUUACAAAACCGUUAGACGCCACGAAGCUCGACAAAUAGCAGAUUUCUUCGUUGCAUUUUUCUAAAUUUUUAUUUCAGUAACUUGACAACUUUGACGAGAGAAAACGUGACGCAAACUAUAUAAACAUGUGGCAUUUUGGGCGACGUUGCAGCACGCAUUGCCAAAAAAAAACAGACUUAUUAACAAAUUAAACUAUUAAAAUCAAACAUUAAAUCAAAAUGACAAAACACAAACUUCUGGAGAUUGAAAAUAUUGUAAGAUAUGACGACGUCUCUGUCUCAAAGGUUAGAUUUUGACCCAUAAAACUGAAAUUUAAUCCAGAUUUUCGCUUUUCUUUGCUUUCAGAUGUACAUUUUACAGUUUUGCCAACAGUUUUUCUUAUAAUCCUGCGUCAAAUGUUUGCACAGUUUCGCAAUCAAUGCCCAUCCAUAAGCACAAACAGGGGUCAUCGUUAGGUCUUUGUUUACUCUUCAUAAUCCAGACUUUCUCCAGCCACAACACUGAAUCCAUUCUUUCCCGUUCGCUCCAAAACAGUGGCCAUAGUUUAAAUGUCCAACACUGGAUGAGUUUUUGUCCCUUAAUCCUUGUGAGAACUGCUAGAGCUGUGUCCCACUUCAGUGCCUGCGUAUGCAAAGUAGUGCUAAAGAGCCAAUUAAAUUCAAUCAAACCAUGACAUGAACUGCUAACAGUGUAAUUCUGUGUGAAAUCAACAAGGCUCUGCAGAAACUGUCCAGGCUGUUCUGUUGUGGACACUGGCUGCGUGCGCACACAAGGGGCAGUUGUCAUUCUGGAUUAAAAAGGGGUAUACAGUUAGCCUUCACUGUUUUAUAUAGGAACAAAUGGGGAUAGAGAGCAGUUCAGUGCAUUUUCAAAGAUAUAUUUAAAUGUGUGAUUGUGUUUGGAGUUAUUAUGGCCACUGAAAAACCCCAUCCACGGAUUUCCCCCAUAGAAGACGACAAGGACUGACUGAUCUAGGAAAAACUAUAUAUAUAUUGUUUUUUUCUUUUUGUUUUUUGUAUCUGAAAUCGCAAAUGUUUUGAUUGUUUAACAGCACCGUCAAGUGCAAUAAAUGACUUAAUUGAAUAG